GAACAUAUGGAUGCUGCAUUUGUUGAAGCAAUGGUACAACAACAAGAAAAAGGAAAUAGGCCUUAUGGAAAUUUUACUUCACAAGCGUAUGCGAAUAUGGUUGAGGAGCUUAAUAAGAAACUUAACAUGAAUUUACCUAAAAGUCAUCUAAAAAAUCGUUUGAAAACUUUGCAAUCUACGUUUUCACAAUGGUAUGACAUGUUCAAUGGGAUUUCCUUGAGUGGGUUUGGUUGGAAUGCUGAUACCCAACUAAUUGAAGCAGAUGAGGAGGUUUGGGAUAACUUAAUUAAGUCAAAGCUUGAUGCAGUUGUAUUGAAGACAAAAAAGGUGGCCCACUUUGAACAAAUGUUGGUAUUAUUUGCAAGAGAUCGAGAUUCAGGAGAAAAUGUUGAAACAACAAAGGAGAGAAAUGCUAGGUUUAACAACACUACGGACAUCAAAAUAGAAAGUAUUUCAGAGGUUGAUUCUUUAUUAGCAAGUAAUGAUGUUACACUGGAGAACCAACGUGUGGAUGAUGAUGAAGAUGACAUUCAAGUGGUAUCUCCUACGCCUGAGAAAAAUUCAAGUGCGAAAAAAUGUAAAACUAAAAAAAGAAAACUCGUAGAUGAAGUAGAAAAGGAAGUUGAAGCUCAGCCUGAACCUGAACCUGAAACAUUUGAAACAAAGAUUAUGAAUGCUGUUGGUGAUGUGGCUAAUGCUAUGAGGGAAGGUAACAAAAUCUUUGAAAGAGCUUACCAUCAUGAGUUAACAGGUGAUGAAAUUUAUCAAGAAUUGCAGCCGAUGGGUUUGGAAGCCCAUGAAAUACCAGGUGCUCUCAUGUAUUUGGCUCGUAACCAAGCAGAUGCGAGGACGUUGUUUACUUGUCCAAUGAACAUAAAGAAGGAUAUACUAAAAACAAUGAUGGGCGCAAGUAAAUGA